AUGAAGCUCGCUAUAGCUGUGUCUGAAACAAAACCUGAACUAAGAAAGUACUCAGUACGAAAAGCAUCUGCAGUGCUCGCAUCUGAAGCAAGAAAAAAGGGUGCAAUAAGAAAAACGCGAUCAAUGACUAUACCUGAACCAAAAUCUGAGCCAACAAAGCCAUUAGAAGUUAAGGAGCAAGAAAGAACUCUGCCACAUUUUAGACCUAAACAAUUUUCAAAAGCUCAAGUUUUGAAAAACUCUAAAAGUCAACUUCAGCAUUUCAAGCAACCAAUCAAAUCAACAAAUUUAGAUCUGGCUAAAAAACAAAUUUGUGUUGCUCAAGCUAUAUUUGCUAUUUAUUUCUGCCAGCUUCUUCUUUGUGGUAGUGCCAUCAUAAUCUGUAUUUACACUUCUUUAAAAUUCGUUCCUUAUCAUUUGAAAAAUGGACAAUUAUCAGCAAGUUUUUCCGGCUUGAAACUAGUAAAAUACGAGUCAUCAAUAUCAGUAGUAACAACGUUAGCUAAUAGUUUUAUUUUAAUUUUUUUAUGCAAUCGGUGGCAAGAACCAAUUAAAACAAAUAUACUGUAUUCAAUCAGUCAGGCAAUCACUGACAGUGACUAUGCUCAGGAUGUUAACAUAAUUCAGCAACAAUUCAAAUGUUGUGGUAUUUUGGUGCAAGGUAUCAGUGAUCCACAAAAAAUUUGGUUGCGUCAAAUGCAAGUUGAUGUCGCUUUUCCACAUAAUUUAUAUAGGCAUGCAUCUUGCUUUAGCAAAAUGGGUUCUUUGCCAUGGUCUUGUUGCCGAUCUGAUUUUCAAUUUAUGCGUUGUGACCACUUCGCUUAUGAACGGUUUGUUAUACCUUUUAACGAGACCAAUUUCAUUCAAGUCCCAAGUUAUGCGGCUCGAUUCAAGAAAGAAUGGGAAUGUUCAACGUUAGGUCAAUGUAUAGAAAGACGCUUAGUGGCCUUAAGUUCGGUAUAUGAUAGCGAUUGUGCGCAAGCAUUUUAUCAAGAAUUCAAAGUUGGAUUUUUCUAUCUUAAUGGCGGUAUUUUGCUUUUAAUAGGUUCACUGAUGUUUAUCGGAAUGGUCUCGAUCGCUCUUUUAGAACUUAUUUCUAAACCAAAAAAAUAA